UCGGGAUACGAAGCCUAGGUAGAUAUCUCGAUAGUAUAGAUAGAAGCCUAUAUAGAUAUCUUUUCUCAGAAUUCGAGUUUCACUAGAUGAUUCAUCCUGGGAUAAUUGUCAAGAGUUGAACCAUUUACAAUAAUGGGAUCUUUUGUUAGCAAGGCCAAAUCAAAGAUGGAUUCAACCACAGCAGGCCCUGUCCCGUUGUCUUAUUACUCCAAUGCCCAGAGUACUAAGCCGCCGCUACUCGCAAACGAGAAUGCAUAUCUAGGAGAUAUUUCGACAUCCGAGAAUCUCGACCCCGCGAAACCUAUUUCGGCUGGGUUCUACCGUUUGGAGAAGGGAACGCCGCUUGUAUACGAGUAUACGUAUCACGAGAUGAAGAUAAUUGUCGAGGGUAGCUUUGAUAUAAGCGAUGAAGCAGGCAACAAAGUGCAUGCUGUGCCUGGGGAUGUUUUAUAUUUCCCCAAGGGCUCAAAGAUCACCUUUACUACGGAUGACUAUGGGCUUGGCUUCUACUGUGGGCAGAGAAAGAAGGAUGGCGCGUAAGGUGAUAUUGUGUGUAUAUUCAGGGGCACGUAAUUAUUCUAGUGUCGAAAAGGGGGUCACGCGGGUCAUAACUCGACUAGCCAUACAGUCAGGCCAGAGUAUAUAGUACUGAAAAGAUACCACAUUUUGCAUGUUAUAUAAGGGCAAAUAGGUGAAUUGAUCAUCUCGAAACUAUCGAUUACAGUAUUGCAGGGGUCUCUGGCUUGGUAAAUAGUCAUAAAGCGGACAGCCAAGGCUUAAAGAUACAUGCCACUAAUAGUAAAGUGGAGAAGGAACUCGAAAGAAAACCAGAUGAGAAGGUAGUGAAAUAGAGGAUGGAUUUCAGGCGGUAAGACGAAAGGAAUUCCU